ACUAGAACUGCUUUAAAUAAGACUUCUCUCAGAGCUGCAGUCCCAGCCGUUCUCAGAUAACCCACCUGGGUAGAAUAAUGGCAGCCAUCUACUCCAACGUGAAGUUUAAAAACAAAGGGGUGAGAGAGACAGGAGAUGGGGAAUCGGGUGAAGGAAGUUCCAACACAAAUGAUGAGAUUAUAUACUCAGAAGUCCGAAUUGUACAAUCAGACAAGACAGUUGUCGUGACAACCCCUAAUGCAGCUGAUCCCAGUCAUCCCAACCGGCCUGGAUCACAUGACCCUGCUGACUCCUCACCUGAGGCAGUGACCCCUGCCUUGGCUAAACAGAGACUGCUGCUGUGUUGUCUGUGUGCCGUCUUGUUUGCUGCAGGCCUCAUCGUUACAGUUCUCUAUGUCCUUGGUAAAAUUUCACCAGAGGAAAAGUUUGUUUCAGAAAAACAACACAAGGAAAUGUUGAGAAAUUACACUGAUAUCCAAAAGUAUUUCGCAGAAAAAGUUAAAAUAAUUGAGCAGCUCCAAACAGAAAACACAAACCUGAACACGACUCUUGAAGAAAAAGGUAAAAUAAUUGACCAGCUUCAAACAGAAAACACAAACCUGAACACGACUCUUGCAGAAAAAGGUAAAAUAAUUGACCAGCUUCAAACAGAAAACACAAACCUGAACACGACUCUUAAAGAGAGAGAUGAUAAAAUUAAGCAGCUCGAGAAAGAAAAAGGAACCUGUGAUCCCAAAUCGCAGAAUGUGGAUGAAAUCUGUUGUGCUGUGGGCUGGAAGUACUUCAGUGGAAAGUGCUACUUCUUUUCUGGUGAUACGAAGACCUGGAUUGCUAGUAGAGAUGAGUGUUUGGCUGCAGGAGGAGACUUGGUGAUUAUCAGCAGCCUAGAGGAACUGGACUUUCUUAAAAGGUCAAAGCCUGGUUCUGGUCGAGAGCACUACUGGAUCGGUCUGUCUGAUGCUGUGAAGGAAGGAGACUGGCGCUGGUUAGACGGAACUAAACUCAAUAAUACACCAAGAUACUGGAAGGUACCUGAACCUGAUAACUGGAAAGGGGGGAACAACGAGUAUCCUGAAGGAGAAAACUGCUCUGAUAUGGAGAUAUCAUCUAGCCAUUUCUCUUUAUAUGAUAGACUCUGUGAUGAACAGAUUGUAAAUCUCAAACGUGUCUGUGAAGCAAAAGUGUCAAAAUAAUCAAAUGAAUUUACUAAUCUUACAGUAAAAUGAAGGCUCCAUAACUAUUCUUUUCAUCAUGUUAUUAUAUUACAGCUAAUUAAUAUUUGCAGCAUUUUGUCUCUGUCAGAUAAAAACCUUGUAUUUCCAUUUGUUCUGUGUUUCAUUUUUUACAUAAUGUAAAUAUGACAGUUAUUCUCUAUAUCAUGUCACAGAAUGGACCAAUAGAUAUGCUUCAGAAAUAAUUGGAAUUAAAUCAUAAAUAUACUGUAAAUAUGUGUACACUGAAUCCUACAAAAGGUUAAUACCUCUUUCCCUUUUUUCCAGUAAAGUUAACAUUUUGUUUUUUGUGUGAAAUUAAAACCUACAUUAAUGUCCUUGUAUGUAACAAAUUAAAUUAUCAUCCAAAGAAAAGAGCUCCCACCAAGUUCUCCCACUUUUUACAGUUUAAUUCUUAGUCAUUUCAUUUUAUUUAUAACUGGAAGGGAUCAUGUUGUUCUUUGACAUCAGUGUCUCUACAUUAUUGUGAACCAAUCAAUAAGUCAUGUGAUCUUCUAGUCAGUGGAUUAAGUGUCAAAUAUAUCAUAAUGUUCUUGUUUGGUUGGUUUAGGAUCUGUAUCUAAAAUAGCUGGAUUAAUUUAGUCAUUAUUAGAUAGUAAAAUGCUCAGUACUAAAGUGAGUAUUGUGUACAGUCAGGUUUUGCAUAGACACUUUUACUUCAGCUCUACUCUCAUCUUUACUCUGCUUUGUCAGUAUCUGUCAGCUCAGCUGUAAUAAAAUCAAAUUAAAAAGUAAAAUAGUUUUCUGC